CCGCCGGCCAUAACGGUAACGCAACGCGCGUGCCCGGUUGCCAUCACGACGGCUGAGACGCGGAGGCAGCAGCAUGUCGGAACAGAGCGACGAGGAGGGCGAGGAGGAGGCCGAGCCUUACCUGGGGGAGUAUGAUGGUGACCGCAAUAAUGAAGGUGAACGGCACGGACAUGGGAAAGCAGUGCUGCCCAAUGGUGAUAAGUAUGAGGGUGAAUACGAGCACAAUCUCAGAAAUGGGCAGGGGACCUACAGAUUUAAAUCUGGUGUUUGCUACAUUGGAGAAUAUCUUCAAAAUAAAAAGCAUGGCCAAGGUACAUUUUAUUAUCCAGAUGGAUCAAAAUAUGAAGGAAGCUGGGUAGAUGAUCAGAAACAUGGGUAUGGAGAAUAUACCUACCCAAAUGGAGACACCUAUGCUGGAGAAUGGUUUAAGGACAACAGGCAUGGACAAGGUACAUACACCUAUAAAGACACUGGAUCUAUGUAUGUUGGUGGUUGGGUAAAUGGAAUCCAGGAAGGAGAAGCAGAGCUUAUCCACCUAAAUCACAGAUACAGGGGCAAGUUUUUGAAAGGAAAUCCUGUAGGUGGUGGUAAAUACAUCUUUGACAUUGGAUGUGAACAGCAUGGUGAAUACAUACUGCCAGAAGAGGUUAAAGGGGAGGAAGAAGAUGAAGAAGAGGAGGAGUCUCCUUUACCUGCUGAGCCAACGUGGAAAGCAAAAGAAAUUACUAAAUUAAUACUCUGGGCACCCAACGAGGAAAAAGCACCUGCUCCCAGUGAAGCACCAAAUGCAGGGUUGCAUCCAACAAAGGAUGCAGAAGAUGAGCAAAUAAGGGAAGGGGAAAAUGAAGGAGGAAUGUACUAAGGAAGAUAGAUGAUUUUUGAACCUGAUGAAUACAUCAGUAUUGCCCAAAACUUCAGAACAUUAUAUCCAUCUUGGGAGAUAGUUAACAUGCUCAAACGUGGUCUUAGAAUCAUUUAUGUUGGAAGUGAAGUCAGGAACUACAGGCAGCUCUGUCUGUAUCCACUAUCACUGGACCACCAAGUAUAGAACCACAUUACUUACUGUAAGCUGUUAUCACUGUUCUCUGAGAUAUCAAGCUUAAAUCUCUCCUUGCCUGAUUUACAAACCUGUUGGCAGAGAUGCAAUUAUUCCACCUUGUUAAAUGGCUUCUGUAUUUCCUUUUUUCCUCGAAGAUUGACCUGUGGCGAUGAAAGUUGAAGCACUACCUCUAGUAACAGUCAUAUUACCAGCUGUUAAUCCCCAGGAUUAACAGUAGUUACUUCUAUUUUGCUCCCACAGGAGUAUAGUUGAUAGUCACACCAGUGAGCAAACAAGGAUGAAAGUUGAAGCACUACCUCUAGUAACAGUCAUAUUACCAGCUGUUAAUCCCCAGGAUUAACAGUAGUUACUCCUGGUUUGCUCCCACGGGAGUAUAGUUGAUAGUCACACCAGUGAGCAAACAAGGAGGUAAUGCUCAUUGGACAAGGUGAAUUUUGGCCAUGCUUCUGCAAUACUCACAAUCUGGUCACUUGUCAAGCAGAAAACCUCCCAUGACAGUAUAUCCGGUACAUGGACUAGUGUCUCUAUCCCCUAAAGGAGAAGGACCUCCAGCUGCUAACACUUGCUGUUUCUUUUUAGUGUUGAUGCUUCAUCUGGAGCCAGUUAGCUUGGAAGCAUCCAUUUACAGCCUCUGUUCCCCUCCCAUGCCUAUUGGGCCUCAAUACCAACUCUCCACAUUCAGGUCUGAGCAAGAAUGGUGUAACAUUUAUCCUGGUGCUGGAAGUUAUGAACUUUAACAAAGUCCCUCAGGGGAGAAUCCUUCCAGCAUUCCAUCCAGUGCAGCCUCUAGCCAUCCCUUCAACCUCACAAGUCCGGCUUAUUUCUCAAGAGAAGCCCCACUAAUACCUCAUUUGCCCUCCCUACUGAUAUACAGUCUGCACAUCUCCUACAAGUCCUUUAUGUGAUCAUGCAACAUCUAAAUCAAUACACAGAACCUCAUCAAGAGGCACCAACUCAGAUAGUGGAUGCAACAUCCCCCUGACCAAUCCAGGUAUAGGCUGACACUACUGAUAUGCCAAGGGUAUGCAGUUUUUCUUUUGGUGGAAGAGAUCAGGCCCAGUAGCUCGUGAGCAUUGAUGAGCACAGUCCCACACACUGAAGGAAAGUUUCUGCCUUCGCUCAGCACCCUAACAGUACCUUCCCCUCAGCCUCCAAAAAACAAAUCAAACAAAAAAAAA